CCAAAGCAGUGAGCUGAGGAGCGAGCAGAUUGUACAUUUUUUGGCAAAUUUCCUUCCUGUAGUUACGGUGUGAGAGUGUUGUGCAUUAAUAGGCAAAAUUCGGUAGGAAAUUUACGACGAAUCUCGUCCGAAAUAUCGUCUUCCGGUGGUCCGUGUUUGCCGCGUCCGGUUCGCAGUGGCCGUCAGUGGAAAUUCCGCCGAAUAGCGGUGAAUUUUGCGAUUGCAAAUCUUUGUUAUUUUCUUGUUCCCGUGCGUGUGUCGGCCCCGUUUUCGAAAAAAGUUCCUCGGCUGCCAAAGUGUUUCAGUAAAUCGAUUUUCUUCGACCGUGUGUGGCGUGAGAGUGUUGUGAAACAACCGAGUGCGUAGUUUCCCCGCAGAAGAAAAGGAAAACAGCCCGCACUAAUUGGACCGGUUUUUCCGGAUCAACCGGAAGCCAGGGAUUGAAAUCCUUGUUAUCGAGGAAAUGUUGCCGUUCAGUCCUCCGAUUGUGAAGCGUCUGCUAGGCUGGAAGAAAGCCUCGCCCGACGAUUCCGUCGAGGGGAAGUGGUGCGAGAAGGCGGUCAAAAGUCUGGUGAAGAAGCUGAAAAAAUCCGCAGCUUUGGACGAACUCGAACGGGCCAUUACGACGCAGAAUUGUAACACGAAAUGCGUUACCAUACCAAGAGCACGUCCAGCUAACGGCGAAAAUGGAGUUGCGCUGAGAAAAGGUCUUCCACACGUGAUCUAUUGCAGACUUUGGCGUUGGCCCGAUUUACAGAGUCAAGCCGAAUUAAAAGCGCUGGAUAUUUGCGAAUACGCAUACCACCUGAAGAAGGACGAAGUCUGUAUCAAUCCGUAUCAUUACACAAAGGUCGACUCGCAAUCGCAACAGGUACUGACGAUCCUCGUCCCGAAAAACCUAUCCACACCUCAGGGAGGCGAAAGUUCCAUUACCUAUACCUUGGAUGAUUUGAGCAAUACCGUACCAGUCAAUAUUCAGUACAACAAUGCAUUGAAUGAAAACUAUGUAACCAGCCCACAACCAACCCAGCAGCAACCUCAUCAGCAACAGCAGCAGCCACACCAAACAACCGCCCCGUCAUACAUGGAGGCCACACUGGGUCAGCAGAUUCCGACCAACACCACGAUUAUGGACUCGGUGAACAUCGGCGUCGGCACGAUUCCCAACACCGAGACGCCUCCACCCGGUUACAUGUCGGAAGACGGCGAUCCUCUCGAUCAGAAUGAUAAUAUGACGGAUAUGUCCCGUCUGUCUCCAGCAAUGGAUGCACAACCGGUGAUGUAUCACGAGCCCGCAUUCUGGUGCUCGAUCAGCUACUACGAGUUGAACCUGCGCGUCGGUGAAACAUUUCACGCUUCCCAGCCCUCGAUCACGGUGGACGGCUUCACGGAUCCUUCCAACUCGGAAAGGUUUUGCCUCGGGCUGCUGUCCAACGUGAACCGCAACGAGGUGGUCGAACAGACUCGCCGUCACAUCGGUAAGGGAGUCCGGUUGUACUACAUUGGCGGGGAAGUGUUUGCGGAAUGUCUCAGCGAUUCUAGCAUUUUCGUACAAAGCCCCAACUGUAAUCAGCGGUACGGCUGGCAUCCGGCGACCGUGUGUAAAAUACCACCUGGAUGUAAUCUAAAGAUUUUCAACAAUCAGGAAUUUGCAGCUUUACUAUCGCAGUCCGUCUCGCAGGGUUUCGAGGCGGUCUAUCAACUAACUAGAAUGUGUACAAUUAGAAUGUCGUUCGUUAAGGGAUGGGGAGCAGAAUACAGACGACAAACCGUUACCUCAACACCGUGCUGGAUUGAAUUGCAUUUAAACGGUCCACUGCAGUGGCUAGACCGGGUCCUGACCCAAAUGGGCUCACCACGAUUGCCAUGUAGUUCUAUGUCAUAAGCAUUCAGGAAAACGCAAAGAUUUUCUCGCGAUUGAAGCUGCGGAAAAAAUAUCAAAAAAACAAAUUCGUACUAGUAAGGAAUGCAAGAAUUUAUACAUAAGAACGAGAGAUUGUGAAUGAUUGAUACCAGUUUUGGGUUAGUUUUGUUUUAGUUUUCCAACCAAUCCUAUAUUAAUCUUUUUGUUUUACUGCUAAAAGUUGAAACAAUCUGUAAGCUUCCUUCCUCUAAGUAGCGAUAACCUGAAGUUAUACCAAGUCGGAAAGGGGGCGGCGUUCAUAGUCCCCUUCACACACACACAACCUGUAGUACAGGUGACAAAGAGUGCGUAUACCUACUUAUUGACUAACUAAUAUAAUUAUAACUUUUUAAUAUGUUUUGUUGGCAGUGCCCUAUAGUGUUUACUUUCGUUUAUUUUUGUAAGUAGCGUUUGUAUUUUUCUAAUUAAAAAAAAAACAAACCCGUACUCUUCAGAUGCGUACUCUGCUAUAAGCAUGAUGAUAUUGAAGAUAAAUCAAUCAAAUGUAGUUGCAUGAAUCAACAAAUUUUGUUUACAAAUAUAUUUUAUGAUACUGUUAAGCAACCGAAAGCAAAGCGAUGAAAUCGAAAUUAGAAAUUUCCAAAUUCAAAAUUUAUCGAUCAUAUACAAAACUUACACAACAUU